CAAUUCUCUGUCUGCUUCAUGGUCACAAACUUUUCCCCAAAGGUAGGUGCCAAAAGCUUUGUCAUUCUUUACCAACCAAACCAAGCCAGUUGACUCUGAAGAAGAUGCGUGCUGCUUUUGAGAUUUCCCAAUUCUGAUAGAUAGAACCUCCAUCCUCUUUCUCAGUGUCAGGUUGCCGAGUAUCAAUUGGCAAGAUCGCAGAGUUUGGUAAACCAAUCGUCUCAAACGUUAGGUUGCUGAGUAUGGAUUAGCUGAAGGACGAGUUGGUGUCGUGGUUUCCUUUGGACUGGCCUCCUCAGCUUCUAAUGGCUGGUAUUCGUCCAAAGGUCAAUUCCAUCAAGAAGCUUCCCAUAUGUCCAUGGAUGCCCCGCCAUACUCCUCCGACAACGACCCCAUGCUUGCCCGACGAACACCACUUCUUUCCCAUCCAUCAUGCUUGAGGUUGUACACACAAAUCAAGCCAAUAAUUCUGGAGUAUUUUUCUUCCCGCCGACAGCAUCCGCUGUCAUCAUCUCGCCGGAAUAAAACCGUGGAUCGGGCUGUGCCGCCUCAAUGCUGCUACGUGUACGAACCAGAGAGCGAGCGCAGCGCAAAUCCAUUUUGCCCUUCUCUGCGUUCUUGGAUACACACACAAAGACAACUACGUCCAAGAAUAAAAGAUGGAUCUCACCUCCUCAGAGCACCACAUCUCGUUCCAUAUCUCCGCCGCUCCUCGUUCAUAGGUACGCUUAGGCCCGUGCCAUGGCAGACGUAAGCUUCUUCGUUGGAAUUCUCGGUAAUGUGAUCUCCAUACUGGUCUUUGCCUCUCCGAUAGGCACUUUCCGGAGGAUUGUGAAGACGAAGUCCACUGAGAGCUUCAAAGGGCUUCCUUACAUCACCACCUUGCUCAGUACCUCUCUAUGGACUUUCUAUGGCCUCCUCAAGCCGGGAGGCCUCCUCGUCGUGACCGUCAAUGGCGUCGGCACCGUGUUGCAGGCCAUCUAUAUCAUUCUCUUCCUCAUCUACGCUCCCAACGACACGAGGGCGAAGAUGGCGAAGUUGGUGGGGAUGCUUAACGUGUGUUUCUUUGGGGCCGUGGUGGUGGUCACCCUCCUUUCGGUCCAUGCCAGCAUGAGGCUUCUUGUGGUGGGUUGUCUGUGUGCAGCACUGACGGUUGGGAUGUAUGCUUCACCCAUGGCAGCGAUGAGCACAGUGGUGAAGACAAAGAGCGUGGAGUACAUGCCCUUCUUCCUCUCCUUUUUCCUGUUCCUCAAUGGCGGGGUUUGGAGUAUCUACUCGGUGCUUGUAAGGGACUUCUUCAUCGGUGUUCCCAAUGCUAUUGGUUUCGCCCUGGGCUCAGCGCAGCUGGUCCUCUACGCGGUGUACAGGAGGAAGAAACCGGCGGCAAAGGCGACCGAGCUGGAGGCGGAGGAGGAGGGAUCGGCUCACCUCGUCGACCAUGUCGAGAUGCAAGGAUUCGAGGAGAGCAACAAGGCGUCCCAGCACAAGCACCUGAACAAAGGGAGCAGCCUACCGAAGCCGUCGGCGGUGUCCCGCCAACUGAGCUUCCAAAAGAUCGUGAAGUCCGUCUCGUUGACUCCUCUUGAGCUCCACUUUAUCUGGGACCAGAAUGAUCACACGGCCAACUGAGGUGCCGGAAUCCGUCAAGAUGGAGCUCAACAUAGAAGAUGUAGGAUAUAUAUCUUUGUUAGGGAUGGAGCUCCAUAUAGUUUUACUUGAUAGGGUAACUUAUGUAGGCUUCUUUGAUCAAUGAAUCAAAAUGUACCAUGCCAUAAGAAUUA